AUGCUUAAAUCAGUGUAUGAAUCAGGGGGAGCAGAACUUCAACUUAUGGACAGGAGCACAACAGGAUCAGAUUUGAGCAUCAUCUUCAAAAGAUUUGAGGAAGGGAAGGAGGAACUCACACAUGCAGGACCCCACCGCACCACUCUGCAGGUGCUGCUGUGUGGAGGGAGGGACUGUCUGCUGGCUGGCGACUCCUGUUCCAGUGAUGACACAUGCAGCCCUCGUUUGCGGACAUUGCGCCAGUGCGUGGCAGGAGACGGCAAUAUGAAGCUGGGCCCCGGUGCCCGCAGCCAGUGCUCCAAUGCAGUGUCUGCUUUGCUUUCCAGCCCGCUACAUGGCUGCCAAUGCCGGAGGGGCAUGAAGAAAGAGAAGAAUUGCCUCAGUAUAUACUGGAGUCUGUACCAGUCUGGCAUCCAUGGGCUAAAUUUGGUGGAGAGUUAUCCAUAUGAGUCAGUGGAGAGAGGUCACGACUACGUCCGUUUGGCCUCCAUCACAGCAGGCAAGCACACAAUCACCACGCUAAUAAGCAGUUAUUCUGAGGUUGGUAUGACAACUGUGAAUCGUUGCCUGGACGCAGCCAAGGCAUGUAAUGUGGACGAGGUGUGCCAGAAGCUACGCACUGAGUACGUGUCAGCUUGCAUCAAGCCAUCCGCCAAAUCUGGCCUCUGCAACAGAGCCAAAUGUAACAAAGCCCUGCGCAAGUUCUUUGACCGCGUGCCGGCAACGUACACGCACGAGCUGUUGUUCUGCCCCUGUAGUGACACGGCCUGCUCAGAGAGACGCCGGCAGACCAUUGUCCCCAGCUGCUCCUAUGAAGGGGUGGAGAAACCCAGCUGUCUUACUCAGAUGAGAACCUGUCAGUCUGACUAUGUUUGCAGGUCACGUUUGGCUCAGUUUCAGUAUGACUGCCAACCAGAGGAGCAGUCUGCUAGUGGCUGUAAGCAGGGAAACUAUGCCGUCUGUCUUGUGGCCUACACUGGCCUCAUAGGUAGCCCUAUAACUCCUAACUAUGUCGAUAACUCCACCUCCAAUGUGUCACCCUGGUGCUCCUGUGUAGCCAGUGGUAAUGAGAGAGAGAAGUGUACUGAGUUCCUGAACUAUUUCAUAGACAACAUCUGUCUCAGAAAUGCUCUCGAGACAUUUGGAAAUGGGAUGGACCUCACGCCAACACCCAGCCAGUCGGGGCAGAAAGGCUCUGUGACAGAUAAAGGAAUACAGCACAACACUGGAGUAUUUGUUACUAUGGAUACAGAACAGAACCCAGUAAUUCCCACACAGGACACAGAAAACAAGAGACUCUGGGAUGACUCCACUGUUCCCCUCAACAAUCCUCACGACUCUGCUCCUCAGUCUGCUCAGGUGUCCCUGCUUCUAUUAUCAACCUGUUGCUCACCCAGUGCAUUGUUCAUUCUGUCUUCAAGACUGUCAGAAUUACACCCCUCCUCUAGAACCCAACAAUGGAUCAUUAUCGUCGUCAUCAUCGUCAUCAUCAUCGUCAUCAUUAACCAGCUUCAAAAAUUACAGACUGGAAAGUCUGUCCAAUCAAAAAAAGCCUCCAAUCGACUCUUCAUGUACCUAUCCCAGAACAACCUCCUGGAUCCUUUCAAAGAUUUCAAAGCCUCCUACUUGAUUGAAAAUGCAGUAGUGCAGGCACUCUACUCUGCCUCAUCUUCUUCUCCCUCACCAGCAGUUAUCCUCCUGGAACAAUCUACUGCGUUCAACAACAUCUGUUACGAGAUACUUCUGCCCUCUGUCUUGAAUCUAGGAACCGGAGGAUUGGCUCUGUCAUGGUUUUCUUCCUACCUGACAAAUUGUUCCCACCAUGCUAAGCAUCAUAUCAAAGUACAGAAUGAGCUGGAGUCCCUAUGGGCCAUUUCCUUGAUCCCAAAUUCUUCACUUUUUCACAAUGUCUCCAGGUUCCAGGGCAAGAUAGCCUGCUCUAUCACGUAUCCCUCUGAAAAGACCUUGGACAGCCAGCUGGUGUUUGCUUCUGAGAUCUCAUCCUGUAGACCCAUACAGGUGCUGGCAGAGCACUCUAAGACUGGCAAUGGCAUUCUCUCUACAGAAACCCCAUUUUCUCCAAAGUUCAUUCCCGACGACGAUUUUAAAUCCAAGCACGAUCAAUAG